GACUUGGCUGAGCUGCGCGCGAUCAGUUGGUACUUGAUCAUCGUCGACGAGGCGCACCAGCUCAAGAACAGCGAAAGCAAGCGCUUCAAAGAGCUGUGCGAGUUUCGCGCGCGCUACAAGCUGUUGCUCAGCGGCACGCCGCUGCACAACAACUUGGACGAGCUCUGGAGCUUGCUGCACUUCAUGAACCCUUCGCUGUACCCGAGCCUCGCGCUGUUCAAGCCGCGCUUCAGCGAGAUCGAGAACACGCACAGCACUGGCGACCGCAAGCAGCAGCAGCUGCAGGAGCUGCAGCGCUGCUUGUCCGCGAUCGUGCUGCGCCGCGUGAAGCGCGACGUGCUAAAGUCGCUGCCCAACAAAAUCGAGUGGAUCCUGCGCGUCGAGCUCUCGCCGAUCCAGCAGCGCUUCUGCCAGGACAUCAUUCUGCGCAACUACGAGAGCCUCAGCAAGAACACCGGCGGCAGCAAAAUCACGCUGCAGAACAUUUGCGUCGAGCUCAAGAAGAUCUGCAACCACCCUUUCUUGCUCUCGUACCACAAGCGCAAGGGGCAGGCCGCCGACCCGGACGCGCCGGUGCUCAACUACCAGCAGGACACCGAACGCUACAACCACGACCUGGUCUGGUCCUCGGGCAAAAUGUGUUUGCUGCACAACCUGCUCAAGCGGCUGAAGGAGAAGGGGCACCGCGUGCUGAUUUUCAGCCAGAUGGUCCGCAUGAUCGACAUUUUGUCGAAGUACCUGACGCUGCAGGGCUACAAGCACCAGCGGCUCGACGGCACGAUGUCGCGCGACGUGCGCAAGAAAGCGAUGGACUCGUUCAACAGCCCGGGCAGCAAGGACUUUUGCUUCUUGCUCUCCACGAAGGCGGGCGGGCUCGGCAUCAACCUGACGUCCGCGGACACGGUCAUAAUUUACGACAGCGACUGGAACCCACAGAACGACCUGCAGGCGGAGGCGCGCGCGCACCGCAUAGGACAGACCAAAACGGUGCAGAUCUACCGCAUCGUCACGAAGAACACGAUCGAAGAGGACAUUCUCGAGCGCGCGAAGAGCAAAAUGGUGCUCGACGCACUGGUCGUGCAGGGCCUCAACUUGUGGGAAAAGACGGACGAGUCGAGUUCGAACUACAACAGCGAAAUGGACAUUGACAAGAUUUUGCAGGAAGCGGAACAGGCCAAGAACCCGAACACGCACUCCUCCGACUUGGGCCGGAAGCCGACGCGCCGGACGCCGACGCGCCGGACGCUGACGCGCAGCCUGCGCCUGUCGUCAUCGCGAAGACGGAGUUCGAGGACGAGACGCGCGCGCCAGCCGCGCCGGCGAACGCGCCGAAGCCGUACACGGCCGCGGAAGUGAAGGCCGUCGUCGAACAGGACAAGGCGACGAUCGUGGACCUCGAGGAAGAGAAGCCUGAAGUAUUGCCACUCGUGCCGCGUGCUGCGCCCGCCGCGCGCGGUGCACUGCAGCGUGUGCGAGCGCUGCGUCUUGCGCUUCGACCACCACUGUCCGUGGCUCGGCAGCUGCGUCGGCAUGAACAACUACUUGCUCUUCUACAACUGGUUCGUCGUCGGCUUGCUGGUGUACCACACGUACCUCAUCCUCAAGAACAAGACCACGUACGAGAGCAUCAAGGGCGACAGAUACGCGCGCAACGACCCGUGGGACCAGGAACGAGGAAUAAGCACCAUUUCAUAG